AUGCGUAAAUCCGGCAGCUUCUACGAAGUUCUCCGCGUCAACCGCCACGCUUCCGCCCUUGAAAUCAAGGCGGCGUAUCGGAACUUAGCGAAGCUCUAUCAUCCUGACUCUUCUUCCAAAUCGGACGGCGGUGAUUUCAUCCAGAUCCAUAACGCCUACGAAACUCUCUCUGAUCCUGCUGCUCGAGCUCUCUACGACUUGUCGUUAGGGUUUGGAAUUGGUAUUGGUAUUGGUAUUGGAAUUGGAGAUCCAAACUCGUCGUUUUAUACAGUUGGUCGUCGCCCCACCCGAAGGUGGGAAACGGAUCAGUGUUGGUAG